AUGAGCAUUAUAGGAUGGAGCCCAAAAGCGGAAGCGCCUGAUGUGCAAGUAUUGGUCUUCUAUCAAAGCCAACUUCUUGUCACUCAUGGCAUUAGUUGCCCUGCGGCUCCCCUAUCUUCUCCACCACCUCAUUACAACUCUCGUAAAGAUGUCGGAACAAGGGUCUGUUCUGCGUGCUCCGACUCUCUCUCUCUCUCUCUCCGUUUGCGCCUUCCAUCGGGAGAGCUCUUAGAAUAUAACUUUAUUGACCCACGAGAGGCGGAGCUGCGCGAGUUGCGCGAAAUGGAGAGGCGGAUGGCGCGCGAAGCCAAGGAGGCUGAGGCAAAGCUAGCCAAAGGGCAGAAGCUUCACGAGGAGUUCAUUGUAGCUAUGGAGGCUACUUAUGAUGGUGACGAGGAAGGCUAG